UGUUGUGAGAAAAACAAACAACAACAGAACUUGUUAAUGAGGAUUAAGAUUACAAUUACAGUUGAGACAAAACAAAACAGAAGUCAGAGAGUAAGUUUAUUCAAACCAAAAGAAAUGGUCAAAUGAUCUCUCCAAGCAUUAAUGUCUCUGUAAGCUACGGUGUAAUGAUGGCAUCGUCUGGAAAGCCCUUUCCUAUCAUGGUCAAUGACUAUGAACUUUUUGAGGAGGAUAUGUCUCAAACUGAAUAUGAAUAUUUUCAGAAACACAUCCAAGCCUUUAGGAGUAUGUGGCAUGAAAAGAGUGUAGAUGACAAGGUUGAAUUCGUUGAUGAGUUUUUUAAGUUUUCAGAAGAGUUUGGCUAUAUAAGAGACUUUCCAUUGAAGAUGGAUUCAAAAAGAAAAUUCUUUGAUAUGUCAAAAGAAUUUUUAAUAGACCAAUUUGCAAAAGCAAAAUAUUCAGUUGCAAAGAACCUCGUUCCUCAAAUAGCUACAAUAGCAAGUAAUAGAGAAAAAAUUUUCCAGCAUGGCUCACUGGCGAGAGGAAAGGAUCCUUUCUACAAUAUAGAAACAAGGGAUACCUUUAGAACAUUUUUUGGUGAGCCUGGCCAUGUGGACACUUUUAAGAAGGCUGUCGCAAAUAUGCCUUUAUACACAAGAUUUGGAGGAGCAUUGUGUCGAAUUUUAAGAAGAUGGGUAGAAGGGAUACAAAUGACCCCUGAUUUGUUUGAAGCAAUGAAAAAUAGACCAUCUAUAAUCACCCAUGAUCAUCAGAGAGAAAGCCAAACAAAUAGGAGUUCAACUGGGCAGACAAAUACUAAAGAAGAGCCAAAAGAACCGAAAAGCAAUGCUUUAGAAGAGAAGAAACCCGUUUAUGGGCAUUAUUUGGAUGAGAAGAUGCCAUUUAUGGCCGACAGUGAAAUUAAAAAGGAACGCAAAUCUGAAAGUUGCGUUGUUGAAACAAAUAGUGAGAAAAAAGAAGCAUGCAACGAAAACAAAGGAGGUAUGACCGACAAAUUUAAACAAAAUUCAGAAGAAACAGGGAAAAAAUUACAUCACUGUGGAUAUUGUUUGGAUAUUGAAGUCAAACCGAAGAUGUACAAAAAAUGUUCUUUGUGCAAGGGAAAAGGAACUCGCUUUUAUUGCUGCAAGGAUUGCCAAAGAAAUGAUUGGAUGGACCGACACCGACAGGAGCAUGUAGAUAAAGCUAAUCACAAGAAUCUUGGCCUGUAAAAGCUAGAUGGAAACGUUUUUUACUUGGAUGGCCUUUUUGGUUUCUUUUCAAUGGGCGGAUAGUUUACAUGACUUUGCUCCACGACUUUGUCUGACCUUGCUUUUGGGUGAUUUGAUAAACAUGAUCGUUUCUAUUAUGUCUGUAUACAUUGUUCGUUUAUGGAAGUUUUUUGGUCAUUAAGAAUGUCAUGCUGAACGGAAAGGAAUUUUUCGCUGGAAAAUGAGAGCUUAAGAGGUUUUUCCUUAGGAAUGCAUUUGAACACAAAAUAUCAUGCGUCGUGGCGAAGAUAUUUAACAGGAACAAAACCUAUUGACUACAAGAGGAUUUUUGAAAAGUCUUGCCAGUGACUGCAGCCUUUCUCAGACAGCCAACACACCUGCAUAAGCGUCCAAACUCACACACCCACUGCAACUGGGAUGAUCAGACAAGACGAACAUUCUUUGAAGAGUUGGUAUAAGAGCCCUGGACAUUUUUAAUUCAUUCUAUCGUCUUUUACAAAAAGAUAACAGUUUGCUCUGAAUUUUAAUGCCACGAGAAGUAUAACAAACAAUUUGAAUUUUAAGACCAAUGUCCCAUUAGAGAUAUUCUGUGUAGAUUUUGCAUGCAAUGAUAUUUUUCCUAUGAUUUUAAGCUCUAACUGAUAGGUCAUUUGAUUUUAACAUUUCAGAUAUCUUUUCUUUACGCUGCUUUUGCUGGCAUCCGAGCAUUUUUGUCUCUUCAUAGCUAUGUUCUGUUAGUAUUAAUUUGAUACUUUUUCACAACUAUGGUGGUACUUUUUUGUACGAUUAUUCUCAUUAGAUUUUUUAUCAACGGUUGAAAUAUCUCAUUGCUUCACUGCAUUGCUAGAUCUUUAUUCCUAGCAAAUAAGAAGUAUUUAGCAACUAGUGUGGGCGACUUUUUGACUGUUGCAGUCUUUCAAAACAGUACAUUCAAUAAACAUUUUCGAGAUGAAACAAAAAUUCAUUUUAUUUGGAAAUAUCUAUGAAUUUCUCCACUUUUGAACAAAACAGGCUGUGCCGCAAUUGGAAGAAACGAGAAAAUUAGUAUAUGUUAUGUUCACUUUUUUCUGAAUUAUAGAUCGAAACACUGUCAAUGCCUUUGUAACCUUCAUGCAGGAUUAUUUGAUGAUUCGAAUGUAUUCUUCCCCUGCAGGAAUAGAUAAUUGGAGAUGAUAUAGCUGACUAGUAAUAUCUGAAAAGUUUUAUAUAAGGAAUCAGAAAACCAAUGGCGAUACCAAAGGAGCAUGCUAAUAAUCGGAUUCAUGCAAAACUACUGGAUUGGUGCCGUAAAUGGCAGACAAUUAUCAGUUUUUGUAAUGUACCAGUAAUGAAAUAAUGCAAAAUAUUGAAUAUGCAUUAUGACAAAAUGUUCUAAAAAAUUACAGCUUUUUGAAAUAAAAGCUGAGAUUUAAAUGCUGAUAUGACAAUAUUUCCUUUUUCUUUCUUAAAUCGGAAAUAUGUUACCUAGCAACAUAGCUAUUGCAACAGGAAUGUCGCCAUUGGAAUUAGGUAUCAAGUCUUCGAUUUCUCUAAUAUCUAGUUACUUGCGCAAGUGAUACUCGAAUUUAUGCUAAACCGUUGAGAAACAAGCAUCAAAGCUGCAGCUGAUGAACCAUUGGUGACAGAUUCAAUAUUUGUUAGUCGGAAGAUAAGAUUUUGAUGUAAAUGCAAAUACCUUCCGAUUCAAAGAAAGAUAACUGAAGUGGUUGUGUCUUGCUUGCCAUUCUAGCAGUGGAUCUACAUGGUUAGAGAUCAGAAAGCAGAGCUCUUGAAGAGGUGGAAAGACAGUGAAUGAAAUUGUACAC